AUGUUCUCCAAUACUGAGUGCUCAUAUUGCUUGACAUCGGACGACUGUUACACAUCUGGUGAGAAAGGAGAGGGAGUGAAGGAUGCCGAUUUCGUACUGUAUGUAACGGCUAUUUCUACGAAACGUUGUGACAGCGUCGAUACCCUAGCCUAUGCAGCUCAUUGCCAGCAGGAGGCAUUGCUUGACAGCAUAAAAGGCGAAAAAGAAAGCAAAAUAGAGUACGAUGAAUAUAUAUGA